CUGGCUGCCGCACUGGCUGCUGCGUCUAGCCGGGUGUCUUUGGAGCAGGAGCCGCAUAGUCCAUGCAGACUCUGAGCUGAGGUGAAGAGUAGUGCUCAGACCACUGUGCUCUUGCUUAUCUGGUUUUCUGCUGAGGAGUAGCGUCUCCUCUGGCCUGGCUUCUAAGGAGAUUGUGGCAGUUCAGGCCUGUACUGCUAGAGGUACGGUACUGAGUGGCUUUGCAGUAUAACAGCAUGGAGUCCCUCUUUCCUGCCCCAUUCUGGGAGGUCUUUUAUGGCAGCCACUUUCAGAACAACCUGUCCCUUCUGAACGAAACCUUGCCUGACCACCUGCUGCUCAAUGCCAGCCAUGGAUCCUUUCUGCCUCUUGGCCUCAAAGUCACAAUUGUGGGGCUUUACCUGACUGUGUGCAUCGGUGGGCUGCUAGGGAACUGUCUCGUCAUGUACGUCAUCCUCAGGCACACCAAGAUGAAGACAGCUACCAACAUUUACAUCUUUAACCUGGCCUUGGCUGACACUCUGGUCUUACUGACACUACCCUUCCAGGGCACAGACAUCCUGCUGGGCUUCUGGCCAUUUGGGAAUGCCUUGUGCAAGACAGUCAUUGCUAUUGACUAUUACAACAUGUUCACCAGCAUCUUCACGUUGACUGCUAUGAGUGUGGACCGCUAUGUGGCCAUCUGCCACCCUAUCCGUGCCCUUGAUGUCCGGACAUCCAGCAAAGCACAGGCUGUCAAUGUGGCCAUUUGGGCUUUGGCCUCUGUUGUUGGUGUUCCUGUUGCCAUCAUGGGCUCAGCACAGGUGGAGGAUGAAGAGAUUGAGUGUUUGGUGGAGAUCCCUGCCCCCCUGGACUAUUGGGGCCCUGUAUUUGCCAUCUGCAUCUUCCUCUUUUCUUUCAUCAUCCCUGUGUUGAUCAUCUCCAUCUGCUAUAGCCUCAUGAUCAGGCGGCUCCGUGGUGUUCGUCUGCUCUCAGGCUCCCGAGAGAAGGACCGAAACCUGAGGCGCAUCACAAGGCUGGUACUGGUAGUGGUGGUUGUGUUUGUGGGCUGCUGGACACCUGUUCAGGUCUUUGUGCUGGUCCAAGGGCUGGGUGUCCAGCCAGGCAGUGAGACUGCAGUGGCUAUCCUGCGCUUCUGCACAGCCCUGGGUUAUGUCAACAGCUGUCUCAACCCCAUUCUCUAUGCUUUUCUGGAUGAGAACUUCAAGGCCUGCUUCCGAAAGUUCUGCUGUGCAUCGGCCCUGCACCGGGAGAUGCAGGUGUCUGACCGUGUGCGCAGUAUUGCUAAGGAUGUGGGCCUUGCCUGCAAGACCUCUGAGACAGUACCACGGCCGGCAUGACUAGGCGUGGACCUACCUAUGGUGCCUGUCAGCCCACAGAGCCCAUCCACACCCAACACAGAACUCACACAGGUCACUGCUCUCUAGGAUAACCCUGAGCAUCACUAACCUUGGAUGGCUUUCCCUUUGGCCCAGGAUACUUGAUCCUAGAGGAGGACCUUAUAACACCAUGGGAUAGGUCAAAGCAUUGGAGUGGCUUCUGUAACCUCUGUCAGACUAAGAUUUCCUCUUGUGGUAGGACCAAAGAAGAUACAAGGUUACUGCCUGGAAGCAUCUAUGGCAUGGCUGACAUGCCUGAUUGGUCACCUAUGUACUCCAUGUUUCAUCUGACUCUGCCUUAGCCUCUCCCUUCUGGGAGAGCUGAACCUGGAUCUGAGUGGCCUCAACCUGAAGUUUCACAUGCCUGCCACAUGCUGUGUGCUGUUGCUGUGUUUGUGCUGGUCCAAGCACAGCCUUAUGAUGUUCCCCAAGGGCUGCUGGACAUGCUUGGUAUAGUGAGCAACACUUUUCUGGAGUGGGACUGGCCCUAAGCUCAGAGCUGCCUUGGAGCAUCUGCCUGUUCUUACAUCAGUGGUGCAACCAGGUUACUAGAGGAGAGAUAAUCAUUGGGCAAUCCAUCCUUUGAUGGAGGCCUUCAGUGCAUUCUGAAAUGGCUGCAUUCUGAAGGUUCUAUCUAUCUUGCAUUGUUCAGACUGUGGAGAGGACUUGCCCUAGUCCUGUGACUGCCUACUCUGCCUGACUGGCUCCCUUCAAAUCUGGGCCACCUUUCCUUCAGGAGGCCAAAAGGGGAUGUUCCCUUUGCCUCUAAAAGUACCAUCGACUCUUAUGCCAUAGAUCACUUGGUGAUCCUUGCUUCUGGGUGUGUGUGGGGUGCCCAGGAAGGAGCUGCUACGUGGCUUCUGUAGGCUGUUUACAAAGGGGAAGCCUUGUGUGCUGAUCUUGACUACCUGGUCAGGGCAGGGCAAGAGAAUAUGCUCUGUCCAUAGCCUCCCAUGGCUCUGCUGCACGGAGAAUCAUUUGGUUGUCAUUAGAGGUCAGCAGCGGUGCCACUGGGAGCAUACCUGGUGGCCUGAGGAGGGUAGCAAUUAGGAUGUGUUCUAAUCUGCACCCAUAGUGACACCUGCUUUAUUUAUAGGUUUCAGGACAUAUCUGAGUUAGCCCUGAGCUAGCUGCUGAAUUGGAGAUUGGCUUCACAUGAAGAGUGAUGUGAGGCCUGAGGCCUUAUAGAACUUGUUUGAGCCAAGCUGCAAGGACCAUCAGGACAUCAAGGACAUUGGAAGAGCCUCUGAACCAUAACACCCUGUUGUGGUGGCUCAGAGAAUCAGAACCUUUGCAAAUACUGUACUUCUCAUUAGCUACCAAAAUAUUCACAACCUUGGAGAAACUACUCUUUCACUGAGACUUUGAUAGGAUGACUUCAGGCAAUGUAGAGCCUGGACUAGCUACUGCUUCAGGGAACUCUGGCCUUUGUAGUGAUCCUGGGGAGGCCAGGUCUUUCUGUAAUGCCUGGGUGGAAACCACGCAGCUGCAGUGUUUUCUUGUCAAGGCUGGAAACCUUAUGAAUGUGUAUACCUUCAUGUAUUUAUGCAUGCAACAAGUGUCAUUUCCAUGCAUGUAGCCAGCCCUGAACCUUCCUCUGGGCUAAUGCAGGAGGUCCAUAAUAAACAGUUAUCCACUGAC